AUGUCGGCAGCUAUCAACACGCUCCAACACAUUCUGCAGGUAUGGUUUUCUCCCUUCCUUCAAUCGCUUGUGCCUUUUUCCGGCGAAUCGUAUCGGACAAGGAGCCGUUCUAAUAUCAAUCGAAUCGAGUUUUUCUUGUGUUUCCUUUUUCCGUUUCCAUUGAUCCCUUCCCAGCCAUGCGGUAUAAACAGACCCGUCCAGCCCGUAAGACAGCGUAUCGAGGAAUGGGAGGAGGGGGCAGAGCUUGCAUUAAGGGACUACAACAAGAAACAUGGGACUGACUUGGAGCUUGUGAGGGUAUUGGAAGGCAAUGUAUGGUGUACGUGGACCCUUGGUGUUGGAGUUGAUUUUACGCUAAUCCGCAGACUUUGGAAGCAUUCCAAUUUUGUGGCUAGGCGUAAAAAGGUGGGUUCCAGUAACAAAAAGCAAAAAAAGCCACUCGUGUUCUUCGCUGAAUCAUAUCACGAUAUUAGGGAGCUUAAGCACACUAAAUUGUCUCUCGUGGAGCCCUCUUAUUAUUCAGGUGAACUGUAUCCCCGUUUGCUGAUGUUUUUUGUUUUUUCUUGCUCUCUCCGCAAUUUGAAGUUUCUUGCAUUAUGUGGAUAUGAUUCGUUUUCCUCUUUUCUAUUUUUGAUAUUUUUUUCGGUGAUGCUUGGAGAAAUCAUGUGAUGGAACGAAAACUUGUAAUCACUCUUAAAGUUUAAAUAUGCCUCAGCAAGUUAGAGCUUUUUCUAGUUUUAUGCUGAGUGUUUGUUUCGGUUUUGUUGGUUUGUUGCAGGGGACAAAUUUGUUGAAGGAAGCAAUAUUAAUCAUGGAUAUGGUUGUACUUGUCAGUU